CAAGCCGUCCGCAUCAUCCUAAAGACCUACGCACAGAAUCCUUCCCCGUUAUCCUUUCAGUCAAUCGGCGGAUCACAUACACAAUGCCAAGGACUCGUGCUCAAAAGCGACCGCGUAUCAACAUCGCCGGUGACGCGUGCAAUCGCGAUGUUUCUCCCGCGAAUUGCCCCGGCCCAUCUGACGCGACUCCGAUAAAGGACAGAGCUCCCACACCCGAGUCUCAAGGCAGAGCUGCUGUGCAGGAAGUACAUGUGCCGGCCGAGCAAGCGAUACCUGCGUUACUUGAGAUCUGGGCGGAUCGUUAUCCCAACAGCGAUCAUGGACCUCCGCUAAUGCGGGAGAUCACCAGAUACAUCGAUGAAGUCAUUGAUCGGGGCAGAGAUCCUGAUCCGCAGAUCCAUGAGCGCAUCAAAAAAUCGAUGUGGAGACUUGGGUCCAGGGUCUCUUUUGCUCGAUAUCCCGAGAUGGUCUCCAAUAUACUUGCAGUCAAGCUCCCUGACAUGCACCAUCUUGACACGGAGCGCAUGGUCGCCACUGUGGCGAGAUAUAUCAUGAGCCUCAUGGAUUCGAUUCUCUCGCAAUGUGGCCCGCUGGCGAGCGAGGUUGCGAAAUUGGACGGUCUUCAGAGCCUGAUACAGAUUGGUUUGGCUCUGACCUCCAUAGACGCAGGGCCCUCUCGUGAUUCCUGGAUCGAGUUCUACUACUCAGAAGUAUUUUUCAUUCUAAGCUCCUCGAUGCACAUGAUCAUCGCUGGCAUGCAAAUUGGAGAGCCAGCGGUCUUGGCCUAUUGUGGCGAAGUCUUAGUACUACAGGUAGAGAAACUGCACAGGGAAAUUCAAAAGGUGUACGUUCUGUACGACGGCCCUUCUACCUUUGACAGUGAAGCCCCCUUUCCCCGCCCCUGGAGCGACGAUGCUUCCCCUGAAACAGAGAAGCUGGUCUAG